CUCCGUGCGUGGUGCGGGAGAGGAGUUGAAGUGGCCAGUCAAAGAUCCAAAAGACGCGCUCCGCCUCGCGCUGCAGCCGUCGCUAGUCGAUCUGUUGGUUUGUUACGCGCUACUCCUACUCGAUCGCCCCUGCGAACCGCUCGUCUCCGCCCUCCUCGGCCGCUGCUCUACUCCGCUCCCCACCUCGCCGUUGUUUAUAAGGGGCGCGGGGCUCCCUCGUUCCCCUCCUGUUUCCUUCGAGGGGAAGGGAGAGGAGGGGGGAGGAUUCCUUCGAGAGGAGGGCUGUGAUCGAGAUCGAUGCCAAGGAGCUGGUCGUAGGAUUCGCUGCUGCUGCUGCUGCUGCGCGCGCGCGCGGCGGCGAUGGACUUCCCGGAGCUCGCGAAGCUGGCCUUCGCGAGGGUGCAGCAGAUGGAGCCGCAGAACGUCGGCAAGAUCCUCGGCUGCAUCCUCCUCAGGGAGCCCGACGAGGACGAGAUGGUGCAGCUCGCCUACGGCAACGACGCCGCCGUGCACGCCAGGAUCAGCGACGCCAAGGCCACGCUCGCCGCCUUCUACGCGCGCUGCUCCGCGCCGCACCACCACCACCACCAGAUCGGGGCCGCGCACAGGGCCGCAGCCGCCGCCGCAGCAUCUGCCGGGUACCACCCGGCCGCCGCCUCCGCCGCCGGGGUGCGCCACCACUUCUCCCCCGCGGCCGCCGCCUUCGGCAUCCAGUACUGGCCGGAGCCCGCGCCGGUGCCCAAGGCGCAGCCGGAGUUCGGGCUCGUGGACGCCGCCGCCGCCGCCGAGGGCCACUACUCUCUGCAGCAGCAGCAGCAGCAGCAGAACCACAACGGCCUCGACGACCACCACCACUACGCCGCCGCCGGAGGGUACUACUACGCCGCCGCCGAGGACGCGUUCCACAGCAAUGGCGGCGCCGGCGGGGGCCUGCCGCCGAGGGCUACGGCUCGCCGGGCGAACGGCGUGACGACGCGGCGCGCCUGCCACUACUUCAUCAAGGGCGUGUGCAAGAACGGCCAGAACUGCCCCUUCUCGCACCACCACGCCUACUCCGACGGGUUUGCCGACGACACCAGCCACCACAACGGCGGCGGCGGCACGCCUGGCGCGCUGGAGAAACUUGAAAUGGAGAUCACCGAGCUGCUCAACUCGCGGCACGGCCAGCCUCUGUCCAUCGCGUCUCUGCCCACGCUCUACGGCGAGAGGUAUGGGAAGGGCCUCCAGGCCGAGGGCUACCUCACCGAGAGCCAGCGCCAUGGCAAGGCCGGCUACAGCCUCACCAAGCUGCUCUCUCGCCUCAACAAGAUCAGGGUCAUCGAGAGGCCGCAUGGGCAGCACUCGGUGGUUCUCGCUGAGGACGCCCCCAGGUACACGGAAUUCAGGGGCGAGAGAGGAGGAGGUGACAUGGGCUCCGUCCCGGCCAGCUCGCACCAGAUAUACCUCACCUUCCCUGCCGAGAGUACCUUCCAGGAGGAAGACGUUGCCACUUACUUCGGGCAGUAUGGUCCCGUGAGCGACGUGAGGAUCCCGUGCCAGGAGAGGCGCAUGUUCGGCUUCGUGAGCUUCCAGAAUCCGGAGACAGUGAGCACCAUCCUCAUGAGGCGCAACCCUCACUUCAUCUGCGGGGCAAGGGUCCUCGUUAAACCCUACAGGGAGAAAUCCAGGUGCUUGGAACGUCAUCCCAGGACGUACACGGACAGGAUCAAGCCGCUGCACUACUACCCUACUCGCUUCUUCGACAUUGACCCGGACUUUUAUCCUGCUUUCUCGAUCAUCUCUCCAGAUGAAUUUGAAGCUUCAAGCAGGAUCGUGAGGAAGCAACUGGCGGAGAAGCGCGAGAGGCUGAUGGAGCUCGAGAGGAAGCGCUUCGCAGCGAUGAGGCUCGAACCGCUGCCGCAUCAGUUUGCUUACUUCGACUGCAGCAUUGAGGACGGAAAUCCCCUCAACUGCCUCCCAGCAGAUUCCAAAGAUGUCGACCUGAUGGACCGUCCCCUCAAUGUGCCGGACUCCUUGGAGAUUGUAUCCACCAGCCAAGCUCCGCAAACGCAGGCAAGCAACAACUACGAUGACAAAGAGAGCACCGAAAUCGAACUCCUCCCGGAAAGUCCAUUUGCAUCGGCGGCGCCCGCUGGAAACAGCAUAUCCUCAAUCAUAUAAUGGGAAGGAAAAGGGAGACCAGAGAAAGCAUCCUGGACCCUCAAUCAGUUUCGUUUGGUAUCAUCUCAAUAAUAUAUAAGGUCUAAAGGGAUGAGUGCGUUUUUACACAGGAGACCAAAAAAAAAUAAACAGUUUUUGUAGAUAGAGAAAGGGAUCGGAGAAGAAGUCUCACUGUUCUUAAUUAGGAAUCACAGGACAAAGAGAGCACGUGUUCAUUUUAUACUUUAGAAGCGGGAUGGAAAAAAGCAGUAGUAGCAUGCAGGUUGAGGACAGAGAAACAAAAGCCACACUGGUAAGUUUUAUACAAGUGUGUAGUCUGACUAUAUAUAAGUUAUACGAAAUAAUGUGACAUGAUAGUUGUUGUAAUAAGACAUUAUGAUACAUGCAAAUUGGUGCUCUAGCUACCAUUUGUUUCCAAAGAUUAUGAACCAAGGUUAGUUAUAUUUACAGAGGUAAAAGUCGUUGUUGGUCCAGGGCGUCUUUUAUUUGUACUUUCGGUUAGUAAUGAAUUGAAGACACAAUUUCUGCUCCAU